AUGAGUGAGAAAGUUUGUUUUAAGUGUUCAGAACCUGGCCAUUUUGCUAAAGGAUGCCCAAAUUCAGGAGAUAAUUCUGGAUCAUACAAUAGUAGAAGAGGGGGUGAUGAUCGUACUUGCCAUUCAUGUGGAAAAUCUGGUCAUAUUGCUAAAUUUUGCCGUAAUAGUCGUGACUCACAAAAUUUUAACAGAUCAAAGACAUGUUAUAAUUGUGGAAAUAUAGGUCAUACAUCAGCAGUUUGCAAAAAUGAUAAGGUAAAUGGAUGCUUUAUCUGUGGUUCAGAGAAUCAUCAAGCAAGAUCUUGUGAUAAGAAUGAUGAAGGUGGUAAUAGGCAAAGAAAUCGUACUUGUUUCAAUUGCGGAAGUGAUCAACAUUUAGCUCGUUUCUGUGAUAGAGCAGAUGAUGGAGAGUCUAGAAAUUUUAACAAUGGAAGAAAACGUACCUAUUCUAGUGCUAACGGAAGAAAUGACAGGGGAACUAAACAUUGUUAUCAGUGUCAAGGAGCAGGCCAUAUUGCAAAAGAUUGUCCUGAAGGAGUUAAGUGUUUUAAAUGUGGAUCAUUAGAUCACACUGCAAGGAAUUGUGAGGAGUAA